AUGGCAAUUAAUUCCAAUCAUGAUGAUACGAUGACAGAAAAUCACCAACAGGAAAAUUGCAAUGGUACCAUCAAGAAUGAUGAGAAAAGCUUUGUUGUCUAUAAGCUUCAUGAAGUUCCUCCAUUUCUAUAUACUAUUGGUCUAGGAUUACAACAUUACUUGACAAUGUUCGGGGCAACUAUUUCUUUACCAUUUGUCUUAGCGGCACCACUUUGCAUUGGUUUUAAUAAUCCAUUAGCUAUAAGCAACUUGAUUUCCACCAUUUUUUUUGUAUCUGGUAUUUCAACGUUAUUGCAAGCAACAUUUGGCAUCAGGCUGCCAAUCGUGCAAGGAGGAUCCUUUACCUUUGUAGCACCAACUGUCGCUAUUAUGGCACUUGAUAAAUGGAAGGGUACUUGUAGUCCGAAUGUUUUGCCUUGGGCAAACCUGACAUUGGCCCAGCAAGAAAAUCAAACAGAAAUGUGGCAAUCUCGUAUGCGAGAGAUCCAAGGAGCUGUCAUGCUAUCAUCGCUAUUUCAGUUAAUCAUUGGUUUUUCUGGCAUAAUUGGACUUUGCCUAAGAUUUAUUGGACCGAUCACUAUUGCUCCUACGAUUACUUUAGUUGGAUUAACGUUAAUCGAUCCAGCUACCUUUUAUUCGUCUUCUCACUGGGGUAUGGCGAUAUUGACAAUAUUCUUUAUUGGCCUUUUCUCACAAGUUCUGGAAAGAUUUCCUAUUCCAAUACCCGCUUUUCAGAGAGGGAAAGGCUGUUAUAUCACUAGAGUCCACAUAUUUAGACUCUUCCCGGUGAUGAUUGCUGUUAUAGCAUCAUGGAUCGUAUCGGCUAUCCUUACAGCUGCUGGUGCUUUCACCUCUGAUCCAGCUAAUCCAACUUAUUUUGCUAGAACUGAUGCUAGAAUUUCUGUACUGGAAUCAUCACCGUGGUUUCGAUUUCCAUAUCCUUUUCAAUGGGGUAUGCCUACUGUCUCUAUUGCUAGCGUAUUUGGUAUGCUAGCGGGAGUAUUGGCAUCUAUGAUCGAAUCGAUUGGCGAUUAUUACGCUUGUGCUAGACUUGCUGGUGCUAAACCUCCACCGACGCAUGCUAUUAAUCGCGGUAUCGGUAUGGAAGGAAUAGGAUGUGUAUUAGCUGGGAUGAUUGGCACUGGUAGUGGAACAACGUCGUACAGUGAAAAUAUUGGAGCCAUUGGUAUAACUAGGGUUGGUAGUCGGGCUGUAAUUCAAUGUGGAGCAAUUAUAAUGGUUAUCCUAGCCAUAUUUAGCAAAUUUGGAGCACUUUUUGCAUCGAUACCUAAUCCUGUUGUUGGCGGCGUUUUUAUUGUUAUGUUUGGACUAGUAACAGCAGUUGGUAUAUCCAAUUUACAGUACUGUAAUAUGAAUUCGCCGAGAAAUAUCUUUAUCGUUGGUUUGUCACUCAUUUUUGGUAUGGCUUUCCCUACUUGGCUGAGAACGGGCACUAAUUCAUCUGUAAUCAAAACUAACGUAGUAGAACUAGAUCAAAUUAUUGUCGUUUUACUCAGUACUAAUAUUGCUAUUGGAGGAAUAAUUGCUUUAAUCCUUGAUAAUAUUCUUCCUGGUACUGUGGAAGAACGUGGUCUACAUAUGUGGUCUCAAGAAACUUCGAUUGCAUCGAAUGAACUAAGCAAUGAAUACAUAAAAGAUAUGAAAAGAUCAUAUGAUCUUCCGUUUGGACUGUCCGAUUUCUUUCAUAAAUUUACAUGUACAAAAUACCUGCCAUUCUGUCCGCCACGUUAUGAUGAUCUGCUCGAAGAAUCGGAUCAACGUAUAGAUCUAGAAUCUAGAAAAGAAUGCAUUAAUACUGAUUUAUAA